AUGUCGGCCGCCGAGCAGGUUCAAUUGAGCAAUUUCUCUAACAUCUUUUCCCUCGAAGGAAAAGUUGCCGUCGUCACCGGCGGUUCACGCGGCCUAGGAUUGCACGCUGCUUCGGGUCUUCUACAAGCUGGCUGCUCCAAAGUCUACAUCACCUCCCGCAAGAAGGAUGCAUGCGAUGACGCCGUUGCCGCGCUGAACGCCUUGCCUUCCAAGCGAUCUGGUGCUCAGGCCAUCUCCGUUCCUGCCGAUAGCUCCCGUAUGGAUGAGCUGGACCGGUUGGCUACUGAAAUCGGCAAGACGACAGACCACGUUGACAUCUUGUUCGCCAAUGCCGGCGCCACCUGGGGAGAGAAGUUCGAUACCCACCCGGAGAAGAUGUUCUCCAAGGUGAUGGAUCUGAACGUGAAGAGUAUUUUCUACACAAUUCAGAAGCUCGCCCCUCUCCUCGAGGCCAAGUCCACGCGCGAGGACCCUGCACGUGUGAUUGUGACUGCCUCCGUGGCAGGCAUUGGAAUCGGUACUAUCGGCGACAAUGCCACACCGAGUUACUCUGCCUCCAAGGCCGCUGCUAUUCAUCUGGCUAAGAACCUUGCUGUGGAGCUGGGCCCGCGCCACAUUCUGACCAACGCCAUUGCACCUGGGUUCUUCCCCUCAAAGAUGGCCAGUGGCUUGAUUGAAAAGAAGGGCGGACUGAAGCAGCUCGAGGAGUACUCGCCCAACGGCCGAUUGGGUCGUCCCGAGGAUAUUGCUGGCUUGGUUGUGUUCUUGUCUUCGCGGGCUUCAAGUCACUUGAACGGAGCAGUCAUUGCAACCGAUGGCGGUGCCGUUCUCAAGGGUAGACUAUGA